AUGAUACGGAUAUCGAGAUGGUGCAUGGUUGAAGUGGUGCUGCUAUUGGCAUUUGCGUCUGUGCUGGCGGCAGCUUCUUCCAUUUCGCACCUUCCGACUGCUUCCAGCCAAUACAGUCGCAAUUGCAAGAAUGGUUCCAGAGAAGAUGAUGGCUUGACAGGUCUCCUGUUGCGAUCGCUACAAGCAGGAAGACAAGGAAUUUUGACGGCCCACUCCCAUCCAAUUUGGAUGGCCAACAGGCGAGGGUCUUACCAGAACCACGCUGCUGUGGUGUCCCAUUAUGACAGUCUACAAGUGUCCAUUCUCAAAAAGGUAUUUCGAAUAUCUCCCAUGAUCGUUUCCAAAAUUCGAAACUACAAUCCACCGGUUAGCUUUGGUCAGUACUAUGGAUUAGCGCCUGACAAGAUAUUCCCGUAUCAAUCGACUGCCAAACAGCAAAAAGACUCUGAAAUGGACAAACAAUUGGCCAUGACUCAGACUCUGUCCGAAACAUUGGAAGAAAUGAGGAAUAUGAGAAAGGAACUGCAAAUCUUACGCCGAGAAAUGUACGAAAUGAGAAAGAAAAUUACUGGUGAACAAGACUUGGAAUUUGAAGGCGCCAUGCAAGAAGAGGAAGAAGUGGAUCCAGAGGUUGCUCGAUUAGCCCAACAAAAGAAACAACGGUACUUUGAACGUCUGGGGCGAGAAGUGGAAAAAUGGGCCCGCCAAAAACUGUUUGAAGAACCUCGAGUGGGCGAUGGGUGGGUCGAAGUUCCCUGCAACAAAAUGGUUAGAAAAACUGCCAACCCCAAUGGAAACACACAAUGCUAUCUGACAUGGUUACCGGACUCGAGGGGCAAGAAUGCCUUUGCAGAUGACAAGAAAGACUAUCCCUGCAUCAAGGUUUACUCGGUACUGGAUGCACCCCUGGAAGACGUCUGUACGUACCUAUCGAGGGAAGAACACAUGACAGACUACAACGUUAUUUUGUCGGCCCAAAGGGACUUGGAAGAGAUUGCACCACACUGCAAAAUAUCGUGGGCAACAUCACCUCAAGUUCUCUUUGUCAAACCACGAGAGUUUGUGACGUUUGUCUAUCAUCGAUGGUUGAAAGACGGGUCUGUUGUGUUGAUCAAUCAGGCUGUAGAUCACAAGGAUGCACCAGCCGUCACAGAAGAAGGCAAGGGCACGGCAUGCCGGGGAUAUGCUCUGCGAGGGGCUACCUUCUUUUCGCCCGAUCCGCAAGACCCCCAAAAGACACGCGUCGCCAUGAUUAGCCAUGCUGCACCCGGAGGGAAUUUGCCGGGAUGGGCAGUCAAGACUGCCAUUGGGGCCAUUGCACCGCUGGAGCCAUUCAAGUUGUUUAAUUACAUCAAUGAAGAAGUACACAAAAAAGCACCAGAAAUAGAAAAACUGAAAAUGAAACGAAUGGAGCAGGCGUCUGCUCCGGGCCGAAGCAAUCAACCAGUUGGAAUGGCACAGAUCGGUUUCGCUUGCUUCUGGCCCAAUGGAGGGGGACUGGCGCCAGCAAGUCCUCCUUCGUCAACUAGUGGCGGCGCAGAGAGUGGAAGUAUGCAGCCAAAAGUCACUACAGGGGAAGAGGAGCCCGUCACGCAAGGAGGCAACUGA